GGCUGGGCCUGGGCUGAGCUGGUUAAAAGAGGUGGCCCACACUAGCUCUGCAUAAAUAUAUAUAUGACAGAACAAACACUGAGGACAAAACCCUAGCCUCAAUUCGCCUCUUCAGUUUCUCACUGCGUCUCCGAUCUUCGGCACCCCUCCUUCGAAUCAAAGAUGGUUCUCUCAAACGAUUAUGAUUUGCUCAACCCGCCGGCGGAGCUGGAGAAGAGGAAGCACAAGCUCAAGCGUCUCGUUCAAUCCCCAAAUUCUUUCUUCAUGGAUGUGAAGUGCCAGGGUUGCUUUAACAUCACAACUGUGUUCAGCCAUUCACAAACGGUCGUGGUCUGCGGCAACUGCCAGACGGUGCUGUGCCAGCCGACAGGCGGGCGUGCCAGGCUCACGGAGGGCUGCUCCUUCCGGAGAAAGGGCGAUUGAUUUUGUUGGUAGACACUUUCAUUCUUAAGAGGGCUGAAUCCCUAAGCGAUCGUGUUUUUUUUGGUGAAAUGUUCUUGUAUUCUGAAUUCCUCUAAUGAGUUCUUGAACAGUUCUAAGUUAUCAGUAUAUUUCCAGUUUAAUAUAUAAUGUAGAAAGGUUCUUUAAAAUAUUCAAGUAUUAUCGAAUUUGCUUUGUGGUUUUCGUUUAUUGUAUGUUUUGUAAGUGUGAUCUAGCUAUUAAAAUAUGGUAUGUUGUUGAACUUCUUAAUCUACAAGAGCAAAGUAUAGGCCUUUGAGAACAA